GUUGAAACAAGGAAGUACAUUUAUAAGGAAGUAGAGGCAGAACUGGACACUGUCGGUCGAAGAAAAAUGUUUCUGAGCUGAGUGAGCUGUGACUUACAUCUAAUACGAGUCUCUCUGGGGAGAGAGAUGAGGAGACCACUGCCUCUAAAAUGAGUCUCUCUGGGGAGAGAGAGGAGGAGACCACUGCCUCUAAAAUGAGUCUCUCUGGGGAGAGAGAGGAGGAGACCACUGCCUCUAAAACGAGUCUCUCUGGGGAGAGAGAGGAGGAGACCACUGCCUCUAAAAUGAGUCUCUCUGGGGAGAGAGAGGAAGAGACCACUGCCUCUAAAAUGACUCAAGACACCAGUUCUAAGAGUGUCCAGAAGCCCAGAGCAGAGUCCCCUACAACCAGCCUGCUAUCAAUGAAGAGUGAUCAGCCACCUGCUUUCAGCCAGGAACCAUUUCCAGAUGACAAUAAGGAAGUGGAGAGUUUGGACAGUGAGGAUCCAUUAAAGAUCCCACACAACCUUCUGGACAGAAGAAGUCAAACUCUGCUGACAGUUCAACAAGACAUUAAGGCUAAACUGAAACACAAGUAUCAACACAUAUCUGAAGGAAUUGGACACUAUGGAAACCAAAGUCUGUUAAAGGACAUCUACACAGAGCUCUACAUCACAGAGGGUGGAAGUGGAGGGCUCAAUAAUAAACAUGAGGUUAGACAGAUAGAGAUGGCAUCCAAGAAACAAACCACACAAAAGACACCAAUCAAAUGCAAUGACAUCUUCAAGCCUUUACCUGGACAAGACAAACCUAUCAGAACUGUGCUGACAAAAGGAAUCGCUGGCAUUGGAAAAACAGUCUCUGUGCAGAAGGUCAUCCUUGACUGGGCAGAGGGAAAAGAAAAUAAGGAUGUUCAUUUCAUGUUUCCUCUUCCUUUCCGUGAUCUGAACCUGAAAAAGGACCAAUACAGUCUGAUGCAACUUCUUUCCCACUACUUCCCAGAGCUGAAAGAGAUUGACAGCAUUGAAGAUGGUGAAACCAAAAUUGUUUUCAUUUUUGAUGGUCUGGAUGAGUGUCGACUUCCUCUAGACUUCAAAAACAAUGAGAAGUGCUGUGAUGUCACGAAGCCAACCUCAGUGGACGUGCUGCUGACAAACCUCAUCGAGGGGAAUCUGCUUCCCUCUGCUCUCCUCUGGAUAACCUCAAGGCCUGCAGCAACCAAUCAGAUCCCUCCUGAGUGUGUUGACCAGGUGACAGAGGUACGAGGGUUCAAUGAUCCACAGAAGGAGGAGUAUUUCAGGAAGAAAAUCCCAGAUCAGAAUCUGGCCAAUGAUAUCAUCAAACACAUGAAGACAUCAAGGAGCCUCCACAUCAUGUGCCACAUGCCAGUCUUCUGUUGGAUAUCAGCCACUGUCCUUGAGAUGAUACUGAAAGAGGCAGAGAAGGAUGAAGUCCCCAAAACUCUGACCCAGAUGUACUCACACUUCAUGCUCAUCCAAACCAUUGUGAAGAACAAGAAGUACAACAAAGCAACAGAGACAAACCCAAAGGACCUGUCUCAGUCAGACAAAGAGAUGAUCCUGAAACUGGCAAAGCUGGCUUUCCAACAGCUGCAGAAGGGCAACCUGAUCUUCUAUGAGGAAGACCUGAGAGAGUGUGGCCUUGAUGUCACAGAGGCAUCAGUGUACUCAGCAUUGUGUACAGAGAUCUUUAAAGAAGAAUCUGGGUUGUACCAAGAGAAGGUCUACAGCUUUGUGCAUCUGAGCAUUCAGGAGUUUCUAGCAGCAGUGCAUGCUUUAGAAUCAUGUCUGGACAAGAAGGAAAAUGUUUUCUCCCCAAUAAUGAUGAUGGAUUACGAUGAUGAGUCAAUCCAGUUGUCUGACUUACUCAGGAGCGCAGUGUACCAGGCCUUGAAGAGUGAGAAUGGACACCUGGACCUGUUCCUCCGCUUCCUUCUGGGUCUCUCACUGGAGUCCAAUCAGAAUCUGUUACGAUGCCUUCUGACACAGACAGGAUGUACGACAGAGACCAAUGAGAAAACAGUUAAGAGAACAGUCGGGUACCUUUCAUACAAGAUCAAAAGAGAAUCCUCACCAGAAAGGAUCAUCAACUUGUUUCACUGUCUGAAUGAACUUUGUGCCAACUCUCUAGUUGAAGACAUGCAGACCUCCCUGCGAUCAGGAACUCUUUCAGAAACAAGACUAGAACCUGACCAAUGUUCAGCCCUGGCCUACCUGUUACUGAUGUCAGAGGAGGUGCUGGAGGAGUUUGACCUGAAGACAUACAACACAUCAGAGGAAGGUUAUCAGAGGUUGCUGCCGGUAGUUAAAACCUGCAAGAGAGCACUACUGGAUCGCUGUAAACUCACAUAUGAAUCCUGUAAGACUCUGGUCUCAGCUCUGCAGACACCAAACUCCCCCCUGAGAGAACUGGACCUCAGCAACAAUGACCUGGGAGACAGAGGAGUGGAGCUGCUCUGUGUUGGACUAACCAGUCCACUCUGCAACAUACAGACACUAGUUCUAGGUCAGUGUGGUCUGACAGAGGGUUGCUGUUCACAUCUGGCCUCAGUCCUGAGUUCACCCAACUCACAACUGAAACAACUGGAGCUGAGAGACAAUGACCUGCAGGACUCAGGAGUUACACUGCUGUCUGCUGGACUGGAGGAUCCAGACUGUAAACUACACACACUGGGGCUGUCUGGCUGUCUGGUCACAGAGGAGGGCUGUGCUGCUCUGUCUUCAGCUCUGAGGUCAAACCCCUCCCACCUGAAAGAGCUGGACCUGAGCUACAAUCACCCAGGAGACCCUGCAGGGGGACUGCUUUCAGCUGCUCUGGUGGAUCCCACAUAUAAACUGAUGAAGCUGAAUGUGGAUCAUGGUGGAGAGUGCAGGCUGAAAUCAGGGCUGAGGAAAUAUGCCUGUCAUCUCACCCUGGACCCAAAUACAGCAAACCCAAACCUGAUACUGUCUGAGGGGAACAGGAAGGUGACACGGGUGAAAGAGAAGCAGCAUUACGAAGACCAUCCAGACAGAUUUGACUAUCAUUCCCAAGUUCUCUGCAGAGAAGGCUUAUCUGGAGGUUGUUGUUACUGGGAGGUGGAGAGGGAUAGUGGCAUGGCUAUCAUUGGUGUGGUGUACAAAGGAAUGAAGAGGAAGGGAAAGGAGGAUGACAGUAGGAUUGGAGCCAAUAAGAAGUCCUUGAGUUUAUUCUGCUAUGAUAGAGGUUAUGAAUUGAUAGUCUUAUUCCAUGCUAGAGUCGGUAGAUCCAUCUCUGGUCCUGUUUCUAACAGAGUUGGUGUGUAUCUGGACUGGCCAGCUGGUAUUUUGUCCUUCUAUAGUGUGUCCUCCUCUGGUACACUGACACACCUUUACACAUUCUACACCACAUUCACCGAACCCCUCUAUCCUGGGUUUGGGAUUUCCUUCUCCUCAGUGACCCUGUGUCAGAUAGAUGACCAACACAUUCAGAGAGACCAUGGUGGAGAGAGUUGGAUCAAGCCUGGACCUGAGAACACCAGAGACCAUGGUGGAGAGAGUUGUAUCAAGCCUGGACCUGAGAAAUGGAUUCCUCAGAGCUGUAAGACUUGUGGCCAUGUUGAGGACUCCACACACUGGCUUCAGAUUGAACCUUUGACUUCCACUGUCCAGGGAGUGAAAAUGUUCAGUCACAGGACACCCAAAGGGAGUUAUGAGUGCACAGUGUCUGGGCUCCGCUGGCUGUGUGAGAGAGAUGUCAUUCUGAAGUAUCACUUCAGGACCUGGGAACCCUACAGUCAACUUCUGAAAGACAUGCAGUACACACAAGGUGGUCCAUUGCUGGACAUCACUAUGGAGUUAGGUGAACUGGAGGAAGUUCAUCUGCCACACUGUGUCUGUUUAGGGACCAACCCUUCCCUGAGGAAUGAGAUGAAGAUUCUUCAUGUAGAGGAACAUGGAGUGUCUUUAGAGGAAGUGCAUGAGGUCACCAGAUUCCAUGCUAAGAUUCUCCAUCCCAAGUUCUCACUUAUCUCUGUUAUACUGAGAUUACUGUCUUGGAAAGUAGAUGUCCACUGUGAGCUGAUGCUCUAUCUGACAGUGAAAAAGCAAACACUAAUUCCACGCCUAUACCUGUUCCCCAGUAACCCCGGCCAAAUACUGGCUGUGGAAGAACAGGAAUCAAAGUUUCAAGGGUCUAAAAGGAUUCCCAUCACAAGACCAGAGCAGUCCUUAGAACUGAAUAGUUCCUUCAGACUGAACAUUCCCUGUUCUACCUCCAUCUUUCCACCGAGGAUUCAUCUCAUACAUAGAGACACCACACCAAGCUUUUUCAAGGUGGUUAUGAAAAUUACAGAGAUUGAGAUGGAGUUAAUCGGUGAUGAUGAGAGGAUAGUAUGGAAAGAAAUUGUACCAACAGAUGAAUGCAUCUCUGAAACCCAUUCAACUAGUGCUGUGUUGGGGGCAGGGCGUCCGGCUGAGAGCAGUCUGACUGGUUCUGCAGAGAAGCAGCUGCGUUCUGUACGGACAGAGUUUGUGAAACGAGUAUCAGGACCUGUCCUGAAUGAACUGCUGGACGGACUCCUACAACACACAGUCAUCAACCAGGAGGAAAUGGAGUCAGUGAAGGUGAUAGCUGAGAGGACAGAGAAGGCACGUGACAUCAUCGACAUGGUGUUGAGAAAAGGAAAUGAGUCAUGUUCCAGGAUGAUCAACCUUCUUGGGGAGCUGGACCAAUGUCUUUGUUCACUGCUUCAGAUCAACAGUGUUCGAGUACCAACCUAAUGGUAGAAUGGUUAGUAACAGUGUUGGGGUAACAACCUAAUGGUAGAAUGGAUAGUAACAGUGUUGGAGUACCAACCUAAUGGUAGAAUGGAUAGUAACAGUGUUGGGGUACCA